GACAAAGGAAGACCAGGAGAAGGAGGAGGGGAGAGCAGAAUGAUGAUUAAGGCAGCCAGGCAGUGCAGCUAGCCAGGCUCUCUAGGCUGCUUAUUGAUUGGAAAACAACGGGCUGCUGCCGGCUGAGAGAGAUAAGCAAGGGGGCUGUGUGGGCUAGUGGAGGAAUACGUACGGACAGAACAGCACCGGCCAUUGUCUGUUUUCUUUUUCUCCAGUCUCUGUGAUUGCUGCCGUUGUGCCAGAGUUGGGAUUUGCAAAGGAAGGUGACGUAGUGCAGAUUUGUUGUGCCUCGGACUAAGAGGGAUUGGGUCUUUUUUUCUUUGUCAUAUUUCUGGAGGCCCAGUUGCUGCAGGCAAAGAUCCAGGAACAGCUUUGGAACAUUUAACCUUCACUACGCAGUGCACGGUGCUCAGACACUGUGUAGUGGAGGUGGUGGUGCUUCUUCACUGCUGCCAGUGCCUUGAAUCUGGGUGUCAGGAAGCCUAGCCAGUCAUAAGAAGGGACAAAAGUCUCAUCAGAAUCUCUGUCAACAGGUUGAGGGAUCCUUUCUCUGUCCUUUUCUUUAAACUGGGGACACCCACCAUGGAGGCCCCACUUGUGUGCCUGGACGAAGAGUUCGAGGACCUCCGGCCCUGCCAAGUAGAUGACAUGGACCGAACUGUGCCGCACAGACGGCCCACGUACACUGUCCCCUUGGCCCCAAUCACCCGUGAGGAAUUCUCAGAACUGGAGAACUUCUCUGAGAUGAUGAGCUUCAAGUCCAUGGAGGACCUGGUCAAUGAGUUUGAUGAAAAGUUGCAUGUCUGUUUCCACAACUACAACACCAAGACGGAAGGCUUGGCACCUGUGCGUAACCAGUCCCACACCGAGGAGGAUGAGGAGCGGCUGCAGGAUGAAGAUGUGUGGGAUGCGCUGACGGAUAACUACAUCCAUUCCUCUGUCUCCAGCUGGGACGAGCCCAACUCAGAGGGAUUCAACGGAAAUCUCUCAGAUCAGGAGAUUCAUGAAAAAGAGGAGGAGGAGAUGAACGAGAAAAAUGACAACGCCAAAUGCCUGAGCGAGGAGCCUCUUAUCACUGCUGAUCAGACCAAGGUCAUUGAGGAGAUAGUUGAGAUGAUGGAAAACUCUCCGGACCCUGGUGAGACAGAAGAGGAGGAUGAGGAAGAGAGUAGACACUCCUCCAAGUCGAACCCAUCCCUUCUUGAGGAGAUCAGACACUUGUCCCAGGCCUCCAAUAACAACAUGCCCUCUUAUGAAGGCCUGAGUCUGAUGCCGAGCUCAGCCCUGGUGGAGCUGCUGUGCCGGGUGGAGGCAGCCAUCAGGGAGUACUCAGAGGAGCUGGUCACCCAGCUGGCGCGCCGCGACGAGUUGGAGUUUGAGAAGGAGGUGAAGAACACAUUCAUCACGGCCCUAAUCGAGGUGCAGAACCGGCAGAAGGAGCAGAGGGACACAGGCAAGCGCCGUCGCCGGGGAGACAAAGCCCUCAGUCUGCAGGGUAAUGCAGUUACCGCAACCGUGGUUGGUGGUACUACUACUACAACCCCCACCCGGACAGACUCGAAGCCCGCCACCAUGCCCAUCAAGCGUUUCAGUAUGGAGGGCCUUUCCAACAUUCUGCAGACAGGCAUCAGACAGACUUUUGGCAGUAAUGGGACAGAAAAACAGUAUCUAAACACAGUAAUUCCAUAUGAGAAGAAAGCAACUCCUCCAACUGUGGAUGACCUUCAGAUGAUCACGAAUAUUCUUUACGCUAUGAAGGAGGACAGUGAGAAGGUGCCUACACUACUGACUGACUACAUACUGAAAGUUCUUUGUCCUACUUAAAGAAUUCAAGCCAUUUGCUGCUGUCUGACGGAGACUUCGUAGAGGGCUUCCAACCUGGCAACCCUCCACCUUUCCCCGUCCAAGCUGCAUGAGCUCCCCACUCUUUUACUGUCAGCCAUGGAUUGUUUCCAUCUAUAUCAUUGUACCCUACUCAAUUAAUUAAAUAACUGCCUUUUGCUGAGCUCACCUUGUUCUUCCUGCACUUAAGAUCUGUCCAGGGCCAAAAUGGCCACUGCCUGAAUACUACUGUAUGGGGCCUCUGUACCCCAUUGAAGAACUAAUUUAUCUUUACUGAGAGCAUGAUAAGCUAAUACUGACCACACAGUUAUACAGGGAUAUAUUUUUUGUUAUUUUGUUUUACUAUAUCAUGUUAUUUUGGCCUUUUGUCUCUCUACUUAUGUCACAUUGUACAGAUUGAGGAGUUAUAGGUGCAUAUUACAUAAAUCUGGAUGAAAAACCAAAUCUUUUAAAAUUAAAACAGCCAUUUACCAUUUUUGCCAUGUUACCUAGUUCUGUAGAUUGUUACUAAGGUUGCAGUAUAUUUGAAUAUUUUAUUUCAGCCAAUAAUUUUGAAUAUCCAGUGCUCUUCUGACUUCUGAUAAUUUAUUUUUAUUGUGAUCCAAUAUUUAGUAUAGGCCAUCAUGAUACUGUUAUUUGAUUCAUUUUAUACAUUCAUUUAAUGAAUAAUCAGUGUAUCACCGCAAUCUCUCACAUAUAAUGGAGUUUUCAUUGUCACUGAUGAGAUCGGCUCAUUUGAAUAAGCCAAAUGAUUUCCUUUGAGCCACGUUGGAGAAUAUUACAUUGUUAAUUGCAAGUUCAAAUAAACAUGCUACCCCACAA